AUGCCGUUAGCAGACGAACGCUAUCUAAGAAAUGGCAACGAUGCAACCCAUGAGAGUAGUAAACAAUUAAUACUCGCCGCUGGAGAAAUUGUGCGUUGCACGCGCCAGCUGCGAUGCUCGCUCGCUUGUCCAUGUGUCCGUGUGUCCGUGUCGGGUGCAGGUGUGGCCGUGUGCUCGAGUGUUUGCGGGCCCGAGGUCGGCGGCCGCUUUCCCAAGCGGGUCCGGCCGCCCGAACUAGUGGGCGCGUGU